CUAUCCUCGGGAAGUGGAAUUCAAUGGAUGAUCCUUGUAAUUGUAGUAUGUAAUGCAUAUUGAAUCAAAGCUUGGUUAAAGCGCGCCGUCGAAUAGAGAACAGCCAGUCGUGAAUCCGAGCACCCAAUUGUGUGCAGCCUGGAUGCAUGGACGACCACGAGUUACUCUGGAUGUGGAUCGCGGAAUUCGGAGGACCAGCAUAGAGCUGUUUGAUAAGACAGCAACGAUCUCGGCCCAGCACUGCAUUUAUGCUUCGGGUGCAUCGAAUAGUCCAAGGAGAACAACCAUUGGCGGCGGCGUCGCGGAAAGAUGGCGAAGAAGUCGCGUCGAAACACCCGGCGAACAAUAUGUUGCCGUCAGAGGCAUGCGUUACAUGUUCUGUCGCCCAUCGCACAGCCUGCCAGCGGUGUUGGUGAACGGACCGGUCACAGUGCUGUUGAAUGACGCAAGCUAGUCGGGUAAAUGAAUGUAUAGCGGGUAUUUUGGACGCCACAGCAUCAUAAACAACCGGCGUUGGAACACGGUGAAGUCCAAACGCUCUAAGUAUACGGAUCCCACUAGGCUGCUUCGCAGAUCAUUGCACAUGUAAAGUUGAAAACGGUAUCAUGGCAGUCGUUUC